GAUUAAUGCUGCCUGGCUCCUUGCGUGCCCUGUGCGCAGCGGGCUCUUCGCGCCUGCGUAGUGCGCCCCCCUCCCUUUCUGCCUCCUCUGCCGCCAUGGCGCCCGUGAAAAAGCUUGUGGCGAAGGGGGGCAAAAAAAAGAAGCAGGUUCUGAAGUUCACCCUUGAUUGCACCCACCCUGUAGAAGAUGGAAUCAUGGAUGCUGCCAAUUUCGAGCAGUUCCUCCAGGAGAGAAUCAAGGUGAAUGGGAAAGCUGGGAAUCUUGGCGGAGGGGUUGUGACCAUCGAACGGAGCAAGAGCAAGAUCACUGUCACUUCCGAGGUGCCUUUCUCCAAAAGGUAUUUGAAAUAUCUCACCAAAAAAUAUUUGAAGAAGAACAAUCUCCGAGACUGGCUGCGUGUGGUCGCCAACAGCAAAGAGAGCUACGAGCUGCGUUACUUCCAGAUCAACCAGGACGAGGAGGAGGAGGAGGAUGAGGAUUAAGACACAUUGGUCUGGAAUGUUUUGUAUUAAUUCAUAAAUAAAAUUUAGGAACAAAACCUGUGGUUUAUCAUUGUAUCUCUACAGUGUGGGUUGGACAGGAAAUUGGUUGGACAGGGCCUAGCUUUAAGUGGUUGCGGCUCAUUUGUAUAUAGACACUUUUCUGCUUGAGAUUUUCAGCUCUCCAGUAGUGAUGCCCAAGCAGAGCUAGAGUUAGGGAACUGUGUCUGACCCUGGGUGGUAGAUGAGAGGGUGGGUUGCUCAUGGCAGCCAACCUGAGGCUUAAAAAGCCUGGUACCUCUCUCAGAGAAAGGUUUGAGAAUGCAGUGUGGUAUGCUUGCUCCCCAUUAAGAGCAAGCAGGCGAUGUCUUUAUGGGACUCUCCUGGGAAAAUGGCAGUCAGUACAGGUUUCAGGGACAUUUGUCUCUGGUUUGGAUGACAAGUUGCUCACAGUUGUGUGCAUUAACCUUUUUCCUUCCUGUAGAAAUAAGAGGUGAUAUUUAGUGUCACUGAUGCAUAUUCUGCUCUUUAUAAAAGGAUUUGUAAAUACGCUGGGCGUCCAUGCCUUUAGGUGGCUUUGCAUAGGAUAUCUGUGAGUCAGAGGUCAGCAAGGACUAGUAGCGAGACUCGGGAAAAAUAUGUAUGUAUGAAACCACGGCUUGUCCACCAAGUCUUUGUAACAAGCUGUUUCUUUAGCCUCCAGCAGAGGGUGCCGAAGGCAGCGUCCAGAUAUUCCCAGUAGGGGGAGCUCUUCCAUGCCCCGGCCUCAGGAGGCUUACAGGGAGGGGAACAUUAAGUGAUGGAGAUGAGUGAAUGAUGCAAGGGUGGAAGUUGCCCAGGAAAUUGCUGCUGAAGCUGUCACUUAAGACCACAGCUGGACUUAGUGAUAAAAGUCUUAGUCUGGGGCUACAGUCCAGUGGUAGAGCUCUUACUUAACAUGUUCAAAGCCUUAGGUUCAAUCUCCAUCACUGCAAAAUGUCCAAGCAGUGUGCACCUGCAGGGCACUGGGGCAGAGGAAGGCCUGGGGUGUGCCUGGAGAACUGACUGGUGGAAUACUUUGAAAGGCAGGAAGAUAUCUUUGUCAAGGGUUACUUUGAAAAAGUUCCUGACACCUUAGGACUCCUUUGAAGUCUGAUUCUGUAGGAGCAUCUCAUCUGCCACGCUUCCUAUUAACACAGUAUGAAAUGUUGAAGGGCUUGCUUACAGCUGCUGGCCACACCGGAGGCCUGUGCUGGAAAUCGAAUGUCUGAGCCCUGCCCGGGCUGCACCUCCAAGUAAACACAUGGUUCUUGGGUUGAGUUUAACAUGUUGAGGCUUUGCAAUUUCACUUGUAGCAAAGGUUCCAGCAUUUUCUAUUUCUAUGCAAAUUUCUUAAAGCAGAACUGUAUUGGUUUUCUCUGCCCUUGCAGGAGGCAGCAGUUCCUGUAGACCUAUAGGUGCCCCUCGUGAUUAGAAUUUCUCAAAUUUGUGACUUGGGUUUACAGAUCUUGUUUGUUGACUUGAUGUUCCCAUGUGGUAAUUUCUAGUUUGGCUGUUAAAAAAAAAAGUUAACCCUGGGUUGAUUAGCAUAUGCUUCUAAAAAAUGGUCCCAGGUUCUGGAACUGUAAUAAAAUGGAAACUCCCUGGGUUUUCUAUGCCUUUCUAAACUCCUGUAUUUGAAUGUUGAUCACAUUUUGUAUUAAAGUGGCUAACACGUG